AGGCUUCGGGCUGAUUUAUUUAGCCUCACCGCAGCAGGAUGCUCCCGUUCGAGAAGACGCCAAUUUCGUGAUUAAAGUGGAGUUUCAUGAAAAUGGGCCUUUGUUCACAGAACUGAAAUUUUAUCAAAGGGCCGCAAAACAAGAAAGCUGUAAGUAUUAUUACCUUACUGUACCAUAGAAACCUGCUACACACUGCACCAAGCCCCCCAGGUACGAAUCCGCAAUUCUCUGUAAUAUAAAUCUGUUUGUUUUAGUAGGCCCUAAAUAAUGCCAGUUCAGCUGGCAUGGACUGCUGUAGAAGUUUGAGUUUUCUGGGUUUAUUCUUAUCGGGGAGCAGAACCUUCUUUUGUGUUAAUGCAAAAUAAAAUAGCCAGUGUAGCAUUAAAACACAAUAGUGUCCACCAAAAAGGUAUUUUUAACUGCAUAGGUGAGUAAGGCUUAACCAUUAUAACAGGCUUUUCUUUUGGCCUCCUGGUCUGAAAGAUGGCGGGCCCAAUGAACGCUAAAUUGGACAGCUUAUUGGGGAAACAGAGGAGGGCGGUAGCUCUGCUUUUAGCGGUGCUGCGGGCGGACAGCACCGCGCUGAUUAAGUGGCAGUGGAUGAAAAUGAUCUCUGCUAGUCAAAUUAAUAAGCCAAGGCAAACAUGUACCCCUGUGCUCGUUAGCGCAAUCCCAGCUUGUUUUGACUCUAAUUUUUAGAGGGUGACCAAAUUGCAAAUAAUGAUGCUGGUUGUUCCAGGGGAGCCUCUGACCACCUGUCUAGCUGGUGGUGAGCCAACCUGGCCUGCUGUAGCAGGAUGGCUGUCCACAUUUACUGGGGUGGGGGUGGAUGCAGGUGGACAGGGCACCUGGAAGGCUGAUGAGCUGGUAGGCUGUGCUUCUGUGGUUGUAGGACUGUGACCUCAGACUUUGGGUCCACUGGAUGUUUUCCAGUUUUCUUCUGUGGAGAACACAGGCUGUGGGCAGUAUUAUUUGAUGUACCAAGGAAUACGAAAGUGGAAGAGGGAGCGAAGAUUAAACUUUCUUGGGAUUCCAAACUACUGGGGCUCUGGACUGUCUGAAUAUCAAGGGACACGCUACAGGUUCAUGGUGGUGGACCGCUUAGGAGCUGACCUGCAGAAGGCGUGUCAACAGAAUGGCAGCAAGCUGAAGAGGCAGACGGUCCUGCAGCUGGGCUGUCGCAUGUUGCACGUGUUGGAGUACAUUCAUGAACAUGAAUAUGUCCAUGGUGACAUCAAGGCUGCCAACCUGUUGCUUGACUACGACGACCCCAACAAGGUAUACCUGGCUGACUAUGGGCUCUCAUAUAGGUAUUGUCCUCAGGGUGUUCACAAGGAGUAUAAAGAAGAUCCUAAGAAGAGACACAAUGGCACGACUGAAUACACAAGUAUAGAUGCUCACAAUGGAGUAGCCCCCCCAGAGACCUCCGCCAGCCAGACGUGCAGGAGCUGCCAGAUCCAAAAUCGCGCCUUCUGAUGGGAAAGCAACAGCUGCAAGCCCCGCCGCAGCCCAGCCAUCUUCCCCGGUGCUGGCACGUGGCAGGAUAGCUAAGGCAGCACCGCGGCCAAGGACCCCUGAAAUGGAGCCCAGGCCCCGUCCUUUGAGAGGACAGGCCUAUGCCACACCUACUGAACAGAAACCUAAGGUGGCACUGGCCAGACCUCCUCGUAAACGGGUACAGCAACCAGAAGCAGACGCCCAGAGUCUCAGGUGGGCAGAAGAACCUGAAGAUUUGGAGGAGCAUGGGGAGCCGGUCCUACAGCAGCCCGCAGGAGACCGGGGCCCGAGCUGGGCGCUGAAACUCUACAGUGCCCUCAUUACGCUCCUCUUCCUUGUCCUCCUUGCUCUGCUUGCCCUUUGAUGUUGAUGGUAAUAGGUCUGUUUUCAGGGCUUUGGUACAGCCAUUUUCACUGUAAUAGGCUACAACAGAUGAACACGAUUGUCAAAAUUGAAAUUAAAAAAACAGAUUUCAGUAUAUCUGUCCUGACUGACACCAUUAGUAAACAAACACACUGUUCCCUGCCAGUCAGGGGCAGUAGGAGUCUGGAGCCAAAGAGCAUACCUUACUGCAGUAGGGGCACUCUCCAAAUACCAUGCUGAAGCUUUGGCGGCUGGAUGGCAGGCCUCUCAGCCACUGUGGGGCAGAAGGAAGCUCUCAUUACCACUGGAGUAGGGUUUAGUGCUUUGGUUCAAAUACACCAGUAGGGUAUGGGUUUGAAUUUUUUGUUACUGAUGGGAUAUAGAGUUGGCAUGGAGAUAAAUAUUAACAUCAUUUGCCAAUUUUACAACUCUUUGGGACUGGUACUUAUUUCAGGGACAAAACUUUAAGAAUAACUUAUGACUGCACGUCUGGCUGGCUUAAUACAUUACUUGUUCUUAAAAGAAUGCGUAUUAAAGGAAAUUUUACAACCCUUGCA